GAGUGAAACUACUUCCUGCUAACGAUCGCUGCUUCCGUCACGCAUUUCCGCUUCCAGUAAAGCCCGCCCUUUCCGGUCAGCUGUCAAUCAGUUGUUUGCAAACAAAACAUCGUGUCGGCUUCAGCUCCUCUCAAGAUGGGCCGACACCACCACCACCACCGCGACGACGACACGGAGGAGGAGCACGCCGCUGUCGUCGAGCAGCAGGUCGGCGAGGACGCGGAGGGGCAGCCGGCGGCCUCCACGGAGAGUCUGGCCGCCUCGGAGAGCGAGCCCCUCGGCGGCACGCAGUCCUCCCACCGCUUGCUGGCCUUCAGCGACGCUCUCAUCUCCAUCAUUGCCACCGUCAUGAUUCUUCCUGUCGCUCACACCAAGAUGGAAAACGACGAGGAGUUGACGCAGAGCAUCCAGCUUCUUCUGACCACGAAGAUCUUGGUCUACCUGAUGACCUUCCUCAUCGUCACGGUGGCCUGGGCUGCUCACAUCAGGUUAUUCCAGGUGAUCGUGCGGAUCGACGACUGCGUGGCGUUGUUGAACCUGGCGUGCAUGAUGCUGAUCACCUUCCUGCCGUACACCUUCUCGCUGAUGGCCGCCUUUCCCUCCAACGUGCUGGGCAUCCUCCUGUUCUGCGGCUGCGUCAUGGUGAUGGGCGUCAUUCAGUCGGCGAUUGUGUCGUACGCCUUCAGUCGCCCGUUCCUCCUCAACCGGCACAUCCGGGAGUCGGAGAACCGCGCCUUCUACAAGCAUCACAUCCUCAAAGUCCUGCUGAGGGUUCCUCUCAUGUGCCUCUUCGCUAGCAUCUUCUCUUUCAUCCUCUUCCAGCUGUCGUACGCGUUGCUGGCGGUCGUCAUCUUCCUGCCGUACAUCUCGCAGUGCGUGAAGUGGUGUCGUGGCAAAGUCAUCGGUCCUUUGGAGGAGACUCCGGAUUCUGUGAUGUUCUACACGUACCUUCCCAGCGAGCCGCUCAGCAAGGAGCGCGUGGAGGCCUUCAGCGACGGCGUCUACGCCAUCGUGGCGACGCUCCUCAUCCUGGACAUUUGCGAAGACAACGUCCCCGACCCGAGCGCGGUCCAGAAGCGCUUUGGGGGCAGCCUGGUGGCCGCCCUGCAGGCCUACGGUCCCGAGUACCUGGCGUACUUCGGCUCCUUCGCCACGGUGGGUCUCUUGUGGUUCGUGCACCACUCGCUCUUCCUGCACGUCACCAAGGCGACGCGGCUGAUGGGCUUGAUGAACACGCUGUCGCUGGCCUUCGUGGGCGGCCUGCCGCUGGCCUACCAGCUGACGCACGAGUUCCCGCGCGAGUCCCGCAACGAGCUGGAGGCGGUCCAGACCAGCUGCGUCAUCGUCUUCUUCGCCGGCGUCUUCCAGUUAGCCAUCUGGGUGGUGGCGCUCCACGACGAGCGGGAGACGCUGCACCCCAGGGUGCGCUACGGCGGGCCGGAGCACGUCUUCAUGCUGGCCAAGCUGGCGCUCUACCCCUGCGUGGCGCUCGGGACCUUCUUCCUCACAUGCGUCCUGAGUCGCUUCAGCGUCACCAUCUUUCACCUGAUGGAGAUCAUCGUGCCUUUCGCCUUCCUGCUUUUGCGUCUGUUGGUGCGUGUCGCUUUAGCGCUGCUGCGGCUACUUUUUUGCCCCCGAGGGGGCGAGCCCGGGAACAUGGAGGAAGACGACGCGAGGGUGCCUUUCAACCCGUUGGUCACCUAGCUGGUGGUGAAGGGCGGGGUAGGUACACCCAAGUGAGACCUCUCGCGGUGAAAGCAGGAAGCGAUGGAAAAUCGGAUGUGUGCCGCCAAAGAUUCUUCCCGUCGUAAAGAGAAAAAAACAAACACGACACGCUUGGGUUCCGGUACCUGUCAUGUCAGCUCUCCAACUCGAGAUGGCGCUACUGCCACGUUAUUUCCGUCCAUAAACAGUACAUUUCCUGCCACAUGAAAGCACAUCCGCACUGAAGACAGCCACUUCCGGUCACAUUGCGUGCAUUUUUCACUAAAAAAACAAACAAGCGUAAUGUCAGAAAGAAAAGUGUUGAUACAGAUAACAUUUCAUAUAAUCUGCUUAGUCUUCUAUAACAAAAACCGACAAGUGUUUUUAAAACGCCAUGUUCGUGACACUAGCAAAACGAGCUAGCUAGCUAGCUAAAAAAAAAAAAGUUCGCCCUUUUUAUCUUGUUUUUUACCCAGACGGAACGUUGGAAGAUUGACGUUUUUAUUCGUCCUCCCGUCCAAUUAGAAGAGAAAUGAGUGAUAUCACUGACUGACAAAACAUCGCCAUAAAUAUCAAGUUGCACUUUUCCCGUUGUAUGACACGUCCACCGGUAGGGGUCACUGUUGAUUCGGCGAGCUAAAGAGACUCAAAAUAAUGCACUUUAAUUAAACGUAGUAUUUUCGCGUAUUUUGUCAUUUCCCCGUAAAUUUGCCUGUUUUAACUUUAAGCGUAAAAAUAUACAAAUCAGGUGGUUUGCAUCACAACCUGAUGUAGUUUGCACUAGCCACCGCUAGAUGUCGCGCUUACUUGUUAGCCAUGUCGUAGUACUUUCUUGUUUUUCUGGCUUGUGUCUGUUUUUUUUCCACUUCUUGUCGUUUUGUUGAGUUAUGAAAGGAAAAGUCUCCGCAUUUCGCCCAACACGUCCAAAUGACGGCUUUAUAUAGCAACUGUACAGUGUAGUUUACCCCUGGCGUCGCUGGGCGGCAGCCAUGUUGCUGUCUAUGGCACGAUAAAGGAACCGGAAGUAGUUCCGGCUGGAUAAAGAAACCGGAAGUAGUUCCGGCUAGUUGACCUGAUAGCGCCUUUGCUUUCUGGAACGCAUUCAUGCCAAGUUCUAUGUGUGUAUGUUUAUUUUAUUUGAUGUUCACUGCUUUUGUUGUUUGUAUAAGAUGAUUAAUAGUCGAUUUUAUGAAAUAUGUUCAUAAUCGCUGACUAACGGACCAUAAAGUCCUUUAUCUCGCACUUAAAUGUGUGGAAUAAAAAGCUGCAAGCGCCACGA